AUAUAUAACUUGUAAUAAGAGCUUUCGGUGAUCUCGAAAUUAGCUUAACUUCUAAUAUUUAAGCACAGCAACCAUCUAGAAUAUUAUAGAUUCAAUAGGGAUUGUUGAAGAGAAGAAGAUCGGUAGACCAGAUAUAUAUAUAUAUAGAAUAAUAUAAUGUGGAGGCUGAAGAUAGCUGAUGGGGGAAAAGACCCUUGUAUAUUCAGCACAAACAAUUUUGUGGGAAGGCAGACAUGGGAAUUUGACCCCAACGCCGGCACAGCGGAGGACCGAGCCGCCGUGGAAGAGGCCCGCCGUAACUUCUUCAACAAUCGCCGUAAGGUCAAGCCUAGCAGUGAUCUUCUAUGGCGUGCGCAGUUCUUGAAAGAAAAAGAGUUCAGACAAACAAUCUGUGCCAUUAAAAUAGAAGAUGGUGAAGAUAUCUCAUAUGAAAAGACCACAAAAACAUUAAAGAGGUCAGUCCAAUUUUUUUCAGCUUUACAAGCAAGUGAUGGACAUUGGCCCGCUGAAAAUUCAGGCGCAUUAUUCUUCCUUCCACCUUUGGUCAUGUGCUUGUACAUUACAGGUCACCUUAACACCAUAUUCACAGUUGAAUAUCGUAAAGAAAUUCUUCGCUAUAUAUACUAUCAUCAGAACAAAGAUGGUGGAUGGGGAUUGCACAUUGAAGGUCAUAGUACUAUGUUUAGUACAAGCCUCAACUAUAUUUGCAUGCGAAUAUUAGGAGAAGGGCCAAACGGUGGUGAAGACAAUUCAUGUGAAAGAGCAAGACAAUGGAUCCUGGACCAUGGUGGUAUAACAUACAUACUCUCUUGGGGAAAGACGUGGCUUUCAAUACUUGGUCUUUUGGACUGGGCUGGAAGCAACCCCAUGCCCCCUGAGUUUUGGAUGUUGCCCUCCUUUCUUCCUAUGUACCCAGCAAACAUGUGGUGCUAUAGUCGAUUGGUGUAUUUACCCAUGUCUUAUCUAUAUGGAAAAAGAUUUGUUGGUCCAAUCACACCUCUCAUUCUAAAGUUGAGAGAGGAACUUCAUACUCAAUCUUAUAGUGAAAUUAAUUGGAAACAAGUGCGACAUUUUUGUGCUAAGGAGGAUUUGUAUUAUCCUCAUCCGUGGUUACAAGAUCUUCUUUGGGAUAGUUUAUAUAUAUGCACUGAGCCUUUUCUUACUCGUUGGCCCUUAAAACAAUUUUUGAGAGAGAGAGCCUUGAAAGUAACAAUGGAGCAUAUUCAUUAUGAAGAUGAGAACAGUCGAUACAUUACAAUUGGAUGUGUGGAAAAGGUGCUAUGUAUGCUUGCUUGUUGGGUUGAAGAUCCAAAUGGAAAUUACUUUAAAAAACACCUUGCUAGAAUUCCAGACUACUUAUGGGUUGCUGAAGAUGGAAUGAAGAUGCAGAGUUUUGGUAGCCAACAGUGGGAUACUGGUUUUGCCAUCCAAGCUUUACUUGCUUGUAAUUUCACUGAUGAAAUUGGAGAAACUCUAGCAAGAGGCCACAGAUUCAUAAAAGAAUCUCAAGUUAAAGACAAUCCUUCUGGCGACUUCAAAAGCAUGCAUCGCCACAUUUCAAAAGGAUCUUGGACAUUUUCUGAUCAAGAUCAUGGAUGGCAAGUUUCUGAUUGCACUGCUGAAGGUUUAAAGUGCUGCUUGCUGUUCUCAGUGAUGCCACCAGAAAUAGUUGGUGAAAAGAUAGAGCUUGAAAACAUUUAUGAAGCUGUUAAUGUUAUACUCUCUUUGCAGAGUAAAAAUGGUGGCAUAACAGCUUGGGAGCCAGCAAAAGGACAAGCAUGGUUGGAAAUAUUUAAUCCUACUGAAUUUUUUGAGGACGCUGUGGUUGAGCAUGAAUAUAUAGAAUGCACUGGAUCAGCAAUCCAAGCUCUAGUUUUGUUCAAGAAAUUACAUCCACAACAUAGGCAAAAAGAAAUUGAAAUUUUCAUAAAAAAGGCUUGUCAAUUUAUUGAAGACACAGAAAUGGCUGACGGCUCAUGGUAUGGAAAUUGGGGAAUUUGCUUCACAUAUGGUGCAUGGUUUGCUCUGGGAGGAUUGUGUGCUGCUGGCAAGAGUUAUAGUAAUAGUGAAACUAUACGUAAAGGAGUUGAAUUUUUACUUAAAAUCCAAAAAGAGGAUGGUGGUUGGGGUGAGAGCUAUCUUUCAUGCCCAAAUAAGGCAUAUGUAGCUCUGGAAGGAAAUAGAUCAAAUUUGGUGCAUACUUCAUGGGCCAUGAUGGGUUUAAUUCAUACUGGUCAACAAGAACGAGAUCCAACUCCUCUUCACAAGGCAGCAAAAUUAAUAAUCAAUUCUCAAUUGGAAAGUGGUGAUUUUCCACAACAAGAAAUAACUGGAGUCUUCAGUAAAAACUGUAUGCUACAUUAUGCAACAUAUAGAAAUAUUUACCCAUUAUGGGCUCUAGCUGAAUAUCGUAGACAAGUUCCAUUAUAAUUUAUCUUUGUUAUACCUAAAUUAGUCUUCUUCUAAGAAAGAAAAUAUUAUAUACAUUAAUAUAUAUAAUAAUUGGUGAGAAUAUUUAUAGUGUUUCAUUGAGGUACAAUUUCUAAAUAAAGUGUCAAAUUUUAUUGUAAAUCUUUGUUACUAAUUUUUUUGAGUUAGUUUGCCACAUUUGAUUAAAUAUUC